AGUGGGGGUCGGGGGAAUAGUAGCUGACAGAAUAAGCCUGGAGAUUUGCAGCAAUCUGACAGUGUGAGUCCAUACUCCUCUCUGAGCUGCUGCUACUGCUUUUCUCCCUAUUGAUUCUCUGGCUUCUUCUGGAUGCCAUGGGUAACAGCCUGUCCAGCAGCACCCCUUCCUUUCCCAGGGGGAGCCACAACAGGAUGCACAGGGGCCACCACCAGCUGCACCACCAUCAUUACCACCACCAUCCCAAAGAUUCUAUAGGUGGGACAUUUCCAUCCUCCUCCCAUCGAUGUCAUCACAAGCAGAAACAUUGCAUGCCAAUGGCACAAUGCGGGGGCCUAGUCAUCACUCCUCUCCUUUUCCACCCGCAUGCCAAGGGAUCGCAGAUCAUCAUGGACACUUCUCAAAAGGCAGUGAAGAGGCAGGCCAGUUUUUGUAAUGCCAUCACCUUCAGUAACCGGCCUGUCGUCAUCCAUGAGCAAGUCAGGCUUAAGAUCACUAAGAAGCAAUGUUGCUGGAGCGGAGCACUGAGACUUGGUUUCACCUCCAAGGAUCCAUCAAGGAUCAACCCGGAUACCUUGCCAAAGUACGCUUGUCCUGACCUGGUUUCCCAAAGUGGAUUCUGGGCUAAGGCAUUGCCAGAAGAGUUUGCAAAUGAAGGGAACAUCAUAGCCUUCUGGGUAGAUAAAAAGGGCCGAGUAUUUUACCGAGUUAAUGACUCUGGAUCAAUGUUGUUCUUCAGUGGAGUAAGGAUCACGGAACCGCUCUGGGCGCUGAUUGAUGUUUAUGGGCUGACCCGUGGAGUGGAAUUGUUAGAUAGUGAAAUCAUCCCACCAGACUGCUCUCGGCCCCGAUCUUUCACUUCUAUCCCAAGGCCAUCCCUACGGCGAGAGACAGAAGACACACGCUUGUCCGUCAGUUUGUGUGACUUGAACUUGCAGGAAGAAAACUAUCAAACCAUUUCAACAAUGUGUCCUAUCCCUCAAAACUCUCUGAAUUCACAGCAUUCCCACUUGCUCCCAUCACAGCUGGAAAGUGAUCUCCGGUUCCAUCAGCUCCGAGGAGCCCAUAUCAAGACUUUAGAUGAUCAAACAGUUGCAAGGCUGGAACAUGCUCGUGAAGAGAGGACUUUGGUAUUCACCAACAGACCCCUUAGAAUCAAUGAAACAAUCUUUGUCAAAAUCAACAAAUCAAAUUCUUCAAGGUCUGGAACAUUAUCAUAUGGCGUGACAUCUUGUGACCCCAGCACAUUGAGACCUAGUGACCUUCCAUAUAAUCCAGAGUCUCUGGUUGACCGGAAAGAGUUCUGGGCUGUGUGUAGAGUACUGGCAUCCCUCCAAAGUGGAGAUAUUUUAGGAUUUGUAAUCAAUGCAGAAGGUGAACUACAUUUGAGCCACAAUGGUACUAGCACUGGCAUGCAAGUGUGUGUGGACUGUUCUCAGCCCCUUUGGAUGUUCUUUGGUCUACAUGGAGCCAUCAUGCAAAUCCGCAUUUUGGGUUCCACUAUCUCAACUGAACAUCGAGAACCAUCAGCUCCAAGCUCUCCCACUUCAGCUCCGAACAGUCCCACUGUGCCAUGCAGCGCCAUUUCUGAUUCCAUCAUGAACUCAUGUGUAUCUGCACCUCUGGGCAGCUCCAUAAACAUUACAGCACCAAACUCUCCGGUGAGCAUGCCAGAGUCGCCCCUUUCUCCAUCGCUCUCAGGGUCCUGGAGUGACGAGUGUACUAUCUGCUAUGAGAACUUGGUGGACACUGUUAUCUACUCCUGUGGGCACAUGUGCUUGUGUUACACCUGCGGCCUGAAGCUCAAGAAGAUGAACAAUGCAUGUUGCCCUAUUUGUAGGCGUCUCAUCAAAGACAUCAUUAAAACAUAUCGGAGCAGUUAAAGACGAGUUUUCGGAAUGGGAAAAGGAACCUCUUUUUCUGCUGAAGAUAUUUUUCUGUCCAGUGGUACUCAACAAUCUUCUUAGGAUCCUUUGAGGAAGUUAGAGGUGCUUAGAUUUAGAGUCCAUGUGUUUCCGCUCUAAAGUCAGCGAUUGUGGAUAACAAGAUAUCAGGGAAGCAUAGUCUUGUGGUCAUUUAAUAUUCUUUUCAAUGUAAAGGAAAUUCCAUAAACAUCUCCUUGAGAAACUUAUUCCGUGGCUGUUCUGAUUCAGUUCUGACAUGAAGAAGAACGUUGGGUCCACCCACAAGCUUGACUGUAGCAAGUAAAGCAAUAUUACCACCUGCUAAUACCUGAACCUUUAUUGAGAGGUGAAAAGGGAGUCGGAAAGAGUUUCUGCACUUGUCCGCAGCCAUCUUUGUUAGCCACCAAGGCACAUGCCAAUGCGGAUUUUGCAUUGUUUUCAAAGCAGGUAAAACAUACAAGGGGCCGUAUGGCUGUCACAUUAUCCAUGCUGAAUUGUUUUUAAUUCCUAAAUUGUUUCCCCAAACUAAUGAUACGCUUUGGGGUUGGAUGAAAAGCUGAGAUUUUACUGCCGCUUAUUUUCACGAUGUGCCGGAGCCUCCAACAUGUUAUCCCUUGACUAAAGGAGAUGCUCUUUCUAAUGCAUUAUAUAACUUUGUUUUUGGAUAUACUGUAUAAUCUCUAUCAUGUGGUUUAAGAAUGCACAGUGUGAGCGUGGGCAUUGUGACUUCAUUAAAGCCGGAGAACAGUAACGGCUCUUUCAUGUAAGGAAGAGAUAAAUGGGUCUGAAGCUGAACAUCAGGCAUUUGCCUUUAUAAUGCACUCUUAAUUCAACCUUUUCUAGGAAUUAUUUUAUUUAAAUUCAGAAUGAGCAGUAAUAUGUCAUUAUUUUCAUUGUAAAGAAUUGUUAUUUUGAGCGUUGUCGUGUCAGUAGAGGCCAGGCCCCCUGAAUAGACAUAUCAAAACAAGGAACGAUGCACCUCCCUCCUAGACCAAUAGCAGUGAUGUACUGUAACUGGACCCAACAGCAGAAAAAUAUUCGGGGCCCCCAAUGGUGGUGACCUUUUCCACCCCGUUUGCUUGCAGCACAGACAGCACUGGGAGAAAAAACGGGACAGGCACUGCAGAAUAUAGGGUGGAAGAGAGGUCUAGGUCCUUCUUUCCGGGUAGUAAAAGAGUUCCAAAAGAAGAGAGACCAAACUAGCACUGUCCUUUUGUCAUCGGAUAUCGUAAACCUUGACUAUCCAGCCAACAUUAGGCUCAGUGCACACGUUAUUUUCAAUGCCAGCAGAAUGAAACUAUAAUGGACUAUAAUGGAAACCCAACCGACUCUGCUGCUACAGGCAGAUUUCAGUUAUAUGCAGUCAAGCGGCACGACCGGGUUCAAUUGGAAAAACACAGGCAGAGAAAUGAUGUAAAAAAAAAAAAAAAAAACCUUUGCUGAUAAUGAGAAAUCCAAAGAGAGCCAGGAGGCUACUGUGAGCUGUAGUCCAACAGCUGGAAGGUUACAGGGUUUACAUCAAUGUUUUUUUCUGUAUUCAGAUAAGUGCCCCAACCAUCCUGUGUCAGCCAGGGCCUUUUUUCCCCUAACCUUUUCCCUGUGGGACAUUCAAGUCAAUCAAUAAGUCAUGAUUCCUGGAAAGACCAGUUAUUGCUCUGAGAAAGCUUCAGUGUAUGCGUGUGGACAUGAAUGAUACAUUAUUGUAUGUGCGCGAGUGUGAUCUGAAUCCUAUUUCAUUAGAUAAAUUGUGAUGUGUUUGUAUAUUAUCUGUAUAUGUCAGGACCCCCUUGUGACCCUCCCCACAUCCCCAAUGCAGAUCUACCAUUUUAUCAGCAGAUGGAGCAUGUGGGUAACUGUACAACUGGAGUGCACUGUAACAUACAGUAAAUCCAUAGAUGUAAUUUGUAUCUGACCUACACAUUAUUAUUCUUUGCUCUCCACCCUAGUUAUGGUGCUUCAGUAGGUGGCACUUCUGCUUUGGAAUGUUGAGGUCCCAGGUUUGGUUGUGCACAAUCUGCAGGGAGUUUGUAUGUUCUGUCUGUAAGGGUUUCCCCUGGGUACCAGGGCUACUGUACCUUUCCAAAAACAUAUUGGCUCCUGAUAAAAUUAACCAUAGUGUGUGUGUAAUAGGGACCUUAGAUUAUAAACUCCACUGGGGCAGGGACUGAUGUAUACAGUAAAUGUGUUGGCACUGCAAACCAGUUGCUGGAAAAUCCCCAUCUGUUUCAUUGGCCUGGUCCAUAAUCCCCCCAUCAGAAGACUCCCCUCUCCGCCUGUCAUCAGUCACAACGAUAGGAGCUAUAACAGACGGCCUCCAUGCCAAAAAGUGUGCAGCUCCACCUGUCACCACUUUGCCAUCAAAGAAAGGCAAUUUGUUGUAUGGAGAGCUGCUCUUUGUUGGUGUCCUGACCUGACCCGGCAUGAAUCCUGUUUUCAAUUAACUGGACCCCGGGGAGCUUCCCUGCUGAUACUUUAAUGACCUGACCAAUGUUAUUAAAGGCUAAUUUAGCUUCCAAAAAACUUUUUUUUUCACUUUGAUUCUUUUCAGAUAACAAACCAGCAAUAGUUUCUUCCCGAUUUUUUUUUUAAACAAUUUUCUGUUUUAAAAUUAAUUUGCUUAAUUUUCGACUAUAUCUGGCUUUUCCUAGUACAGCUCCAUAAUCCAGGCUGCCGGUGCUCUAAAUGGCUACAAUUAGUUGAUACAGAUGAAGCCAUCGGUAUUUUACAUUUUGUCGCACCCUGUCUUUAUAUGGUGCUAAAUCCUGCCUCUAGAUGGUGCUAGAGUGCAAUUCCCAUAGUCCAUUAGAAGCAAUGCACCGAAAAAAUUGAUUGAACUCCAGCACCAUCUAGAGGCGGGAUUGGCAGCUCUAAAGCUGGCAAUCAAGUCAUUAUAAGCAUUUCUGAAACUCUUGCCCACUAGGAGAAAAAACCAUUCCAGUUCUGAUCAUUUUCCACCCAAUGUUUGACAAAUACAACUGAAGAGCUUCUUUGACCUUUUACAAAUUUCUUGUUGUUUGUUUUGAUUACUGAGGCCUACAAGUCCUUGGAAAAGACUUUAUUUAUGAUAUUCUGUUGUGUUGAACAGCCCUGUCAGUUACAAUGCAGUUCCUUGGCCUGUGUGCGCAGUCAUGUGACCAAUGCAAAAAGGGGAAAAAAUGUUUUGGCUGAGAUUAGUGUUAGAUACUCAGCAAAUUGAUUUCAGAUGGACCACAAAGUGGUAACAGGAGUGUAACUAGAAGCUAGUAGCCAUUUCAUGAGCCCAUGGCAAAAGCUUUGACCUUCAAGAGGGAGCCAAAGGGUGGACCUUUAAGGGGAGUCUUGGAUGGGGACCUUCAAUUGGGGCUUAAACUGAAAAUGUUUGACAAUCACUGCCCUAAUUCAUGCUGAGUUGAGCGAUGUUGGAAAGCUCCACAUAUAUCUAUAAAUAUAAGAGCAUGAAGAUCCUGUGUGCACAAGCUGCUGAGUGCACAAAAGAGAGAAGGGAGAUUCUGUGCUCACAAUGCAGAAGAAAAAGAAAUUAUAAAUGAUGGUCGGACCUUGGCCCACUGUGGCUGCCACCUCAGGGGCUCCCACACCCCCUCAGGAGCCCACCAGGCAGCACCCGAUGCCCCAACUCUCUUCUACCUUCACACACGUACCUUUAACUUCUGUCCUUAGAGGCUGCGACCAGGGGAGGUCUUGGUGAGCAAGACAAUUGCACACAGUCUUCAGCAGGUUAUGGUUCUGGAUUUCGAGGGCCCACGAGGACAGUUAUUUCCCUGUGGCCCACCGGCCCCUGAUAAAUGAGAAAUUUGCCCUUUAAUAAACCUUGUGAGCUAAGGGUUGUCGUAUGCACAUCACAGUGAGAAAAAGAAAUACAAAGCCUUGAAGGAGAUUAUGCUGGAACAGAAGUCUUUAGGCCUUCCAAUGAGAAUUACCAUUAUAAACAUGGUUUUUGUCUCGUUCCACAUCUGAUAUCCUGUGUUUGUUGCUCGGACGUGUAAUGAGCCAUUUGUAAAGGCGUAAUUAUUAGCAUUGUUGCUUUCUCACAUCUGGUUUUACUUGAGCGCCGGCGAUUCCAAUAAUCCAGUUUCGGGAUAUGCUCGGGAAACAAACAAAUGGCUCCAUUAAAAUUAUAUCACACUGCCCAACACAAAUACGGCUUGUGCUUCUCUUGCCAAGCCCACGUUUAUUUUCAUAGGGUGAUGCAUAGAAGAUUCUGUUCAAUGGACAAGUCACAUGGUAAUGGAAAUCUGUAGAACCCAACGGCACAAAUUGUGCUCACGUUCUCAUGAGUUGCUGAUGAGAAACAUGAGGCCAAUGAUUAGAUCCAGACCAGGACCAGGACCCUCAGUCUCAGUGCUCCUGGUUAUUAUGUCUAAGGAACUGUAAUGUCAUGAGUUUGAUUGGUCGUUUCAAUCCUCUACCAAUGCAAUGAUCAUUUUCUGUAAAUACAGUCCUAUCUUGUUUCUAGCCGUGGACCAAUCUUUAGGCGUUAUCCAGUGGUGCGGUCUCUUUUUAGCGUGUGGACUGGAGAUCUUUUUUUGUGGUGUAUCCUUUCUUGUGCAGAUUAUAGCCAUAAACAAGGGUUCUUGUUCUUCAUUUCUAUUUCCUUUGAAUGCGUGUCCAUGAAUGUUUUAUUUUGUUUUCUUUUGGUUCUGCCUAUUUAUUACUAUGAUGUUGUUUUUUUUUUUUGGAAGUUCUAUGACAUUGUAAGGAUCUAGAUGAAAAAAUGUGAAUGUGAAUAAAAAGCCUUUAAAUAAU